CAUUCAGCAAUGUACUGGUUCUCUCUUCGCCCUUCCUUCACCCCCUCCUCCUUGCCGUGUAACCCACGCUAAACCCAGCGGCGGAUGCACCGGAGCCCCCCUCGCCCAGCACCGGAUCUUUGAAUUAAAGUCUAACAACAGGCUGAACUGGGGCAGUUCUGAUUGCACAGAUGUGCGAUUUUGCUCUGUGGUGAUUUUUUCUCAUUAAAGAAGAACAAGAAGUAAAGGCAAAAAUCUGAGGAGGCCAGGGCAUACCUGUGGAGCUGUGGCUUCUCUUUCUGCAAGCUCUGCCAAAGGUAUGUGCUGUAACGGAACAGUUGCAUGUGAAGAGAAGCUGGAGUGGAAGUCACUGACAAAGGAUCCCGUCCUUCUCAGCUGGGCCUGAGGAGUUCGUCGACUGUGAGAGAAACAAAAUCCAGAAGUGAAAAGGGCAAGUCCCUCUGCCACAAUGAGCUCUGAACACAAAGAAAUUGAUGUUGCAAAAACUGUUGUGAAUGGGCUUAGCAGCAAUGGACAGGAAAAAGAAAUGGAUCCCACUAGAGUCUGCAGCGGAAAAGGAGCUGUGACCCUCCGGGCAUCUCCAGCCUACGAAGAGAAUCAGAAUCUCUCUUCACUGUGUCCUCGGAUGCUGAGCAACUGGUCUGAGGCAGACAACACAGAAACAGAUGAUUGGAGGUCGUCAUCUACCACUGAUGCCAAUGGGGAUGCCCAACCAUCUUCUCUGGCUGCUAAGGGCUAUAGGAGUGUGCGUCCAAACCUUUCUUCAGACAGCAAGCCACAGGACCCAGGUCCUGUGUUAAAUGAGGUGUCCCAGCCUAGCACUGGCACUGACUACCCAACCUCCUUCACGUCAAUCAACAAGUCAUCAUCUGCCUAUCCCUCUACCACAAUCGUCAAUCCCACUAUUGUCCUCUUGCAGCACAAUCGAGAACAGCAAAAAAGGCUUAGUAGCCUGGCAGAUUCGGUGCCAGACAGACUAGUUUCUGAUAAAGUAGAUUUGGCACUCACACGGGACAAGCCAGUUCAGGAGAUAGCACCAAGUGAGAAGAGGGCAAUGGAGGAGAAAAGAAGAAUUGUCAGGAGCCCUCAGUACAUGCCUGAUACCUCCAUUGAUGAUAUUGGCAUUCCAUUGAGGAAUACAGACAGAUCGAAGGACUGGUACAAGACGAUGUUCAAACAGAUCCACAAGCUAAACAGAGAUGAAGAUUCUGAUUCAUACUCUCCUCGUUAUUCCUAUUCUGAUGAUACUAGAAGCCAGCCUUCAGUUCCCCGCUCCAAGAGUGAGAUGGACAAUAUUGACUCGGAGAAGGUGUUUAAGAGGUCUGCCACUUUGCCACUGCCAAAUCGUUCUUCAUCGCGGAAGUCAAGCCCAGAAAGAACUGACUGGGAGCCUCCAGACAAGAAGGUGGACACUAGAAAAUACCGUGCAGAGCCCAGGAGCAUUUAUGACUAUCAGCCAGGAAAGUCCUCAGUUCUGAACAGCGAGAAGAUGACUCGGGAUAUAAGCCCAGAAGAGAUAGAUUUAAAGAAUGAACCUUGGUAUAAAUUCUUUUCGGAAUUGGAGUUUGGGAAACCGCCUCCAAAAAAGAUUUGGGAUUAUACUCCUGGAGAUUGCUCUAUCCUUACUAGAGAGGAUAGAAAGACUGAUCUAGAAAAAGACCUCUACCUCUACCAGACUGAGUUAGAGGCAGAUUUAGAAAAAAUGGAGAAGCUUUAUAAAGCACCACAUAAAAAGCCACAGAAGAAUACAGCAGGUGUUACUCCUCUGGAAACUUCCACAGACCAUUCCUCCUACUCCACAUAUUCUCCCAGCUACCACACAGUGAAGAGGGAGACAGAAUCAGCACCAGGGGACUUUGCUGGCUUGGAGAAUGAAAGACAGAUUUACAAGAGUGUGCUGGAAGGUGGAGAUAUCCCGUUCCAGGGGCUGAGUGGUCUCAAGCGACCUUCUAGCUCUGCUUCCACAAAAGUGGAUCGUAAAGGUGGGAAUGCUCAUAUGACUGCACCCUCUUCAGUUAAUAGCCGAACCUUUAACGCUAGUCAUACCGGUAUGUUAGGUCACUCGUGUAAAAAUAAGAAGCCCUUAUCAGCUGCAAAAGCCUGCAUUACUGAAAUCCUCCCUUCUAAAUUCAAACCCAAACUAGCAGCUCCAGCUGCUCUUGUGCAGGACAAGAAGGGUAUCUUGCUAUCUCAUGAGAAAGCUCAAAGCUGCGAAAACCUUCGUAGCUCCAUUGCCUUGUUUGAUAAUAAAAAAGCUUUUAUGGUAGACAUAGGGGAAAGCAUAGAAGACAUGUUGAUGAAGUCGAAGCAGGAGUAUGCCAUCAAAUCUGGCAGUACCAUGAGCCUACAGGAGUAUGGCACCAACUCUAGGAAAGGCUACCUGUUCCCUGCCUCCAGGAAGAGCGGGAUGGAGUUUACAAUGCUGUAUAAAGACAUGCACCAGAUCAACCGGUCCAGGAUCAAUUUGAGCACAGUCUCCUCCUGCAGCGUGAGAGAUAUCGCGUCUCAGUUUGAGAAUGAAGCAAAGGACAGGAUGGAGCACAGCCUUAGUCGAGAGGAUUCAGAGCAGAUCCCCAAACACACCGUUUCCUCCCGUAUCAGUGCCUUUGAGCAGCUGAUCCAGAGAUCCCGAUCAAUGCCCGCACUUGAUUUUUCUACCGGACCAAGCAAGUUCACCACUUCUCUCCAAUCUAAAACUUGUCUGAGUUCUGCCUACUCUGCAGAGUUUCUUCUGGAUUUGCCAAAAACACAGCGAGAAGAGAAGGAUGCCACCAGCUUGGCAGACAAAUCCUCCCGCUCCUGCAGCAACGUGGAGGACACAGCUUCGGAUGUCAGUGAUGCCAUCCCUAUGGACACACUUUCAGCUUGCACGGAUGAGAUAGAUCUCCUCUCAAAUGCAUCCAAUGACAGUGGCGGCAGCAGCAGCAACCUCAAUGGACCUCAGAAGCAUAAAAUCAACAGAUGCAAAGGCACAUGCCCAGCUUCCUACACCAGGUUCACUACUAUCCGAAGGCAUGAGCAGCAGCAGGCCUCCAGGAACCCUGAUUCCAAAGGAGAUAUCUAUGGGGACAGACACACACUCCCCAGAAAUGUCUACCUGAUGAGCCCACUCCCAUUCCGAUUGAAAAAACCCUUUCAACACAAGUCCAGCAGGACUCCACCCCCAGGCUGCCUGGAAACCCAAGCAAUGCCCAGGCCCGACAGCCCAGACGACCCCAUACAGCUCCAGGGGAGCACAGGAGAUGAGAGUCACCACUCCCAGCACAGACUGUGCUCCAGAAGCAGGCCGCUGGCUCCCAGGCGCCUGUCUUCCUUUGACAUUGUGGAGAGGCUUAGCUAUUUCCCCACCAGGGGAUCUAGCCGAGAUAGCUCCAUGGGCCGGUCUGAUACUCCUGACUCCUUACACAAUGGGAACCCAGUCCCAUAUGCUCUAUAUCACAGCUUGGACACAAACAACAACCCGCAAAGUGAACUUGGGACGUACCUAGGAGAUUCAGAAUCACCAAGGCAUUUUGCAGCACUUGAUUACAUGGAAACUCCCGAAGAAAUUCUCCGCAGGCGCUAUGAUGAUAAAGAGAAACUUUUAGAGGACCAGAGACGGCUUAAACGUGAGCAAGAAGAAGCUGAUAUUGCAGCUAGAAGGCACACAGGGGUUAUUCCAACGCACCAUCAGUUUAUCACUAAUGAGCGAUUUGGGGACCUCCUAAAUGUAGACGAUACAGCAAAGAGGAAAUCUGGGUCAGAGAUGAGACCUGCUAGAGCCAAGUUUGACUUUAAAGCGCAGACACUGAAGGAACUUCCUCUGCAAAAAGGAGAUAUUGUUUACAUUUACAAGCAGAUUGACCAGAACUGGUAUGAAGGUGAACACCACGGCAGAGUUGGCAUCUUCCCACGAUCAUACAUAGAGCUCCUUCCACCAGCUGAGAAAGCUCAGCCCAAAAAGCCAUCACCAUUGCAAGUAUUGGAAUAUGGAGAUGCUAUUGCUAAGUUCAACUUCAAUGGCGAUACCCAAGUGGAAAUGUCCUUCAGAAAGGGUGAAAGGAUCACAUUGAUUCGACGAGUGGAUGAGAACUGGUAUGAAGGAAGAAUCUCUGGCACCAAUCGCCAAGGCAUCUUCCCUGUCACUUACGUGGAAGUACUCAAACGGCCAGUGGUCAAGAAUGCCAUUGAUUAUCCAGACCCACCUAUGUCCCUCUCUCCUAACCGCAGCAUGACAGCUUCACCACAGCAACCUCAAGCACAGCAGCAAGGAGCCAGCCCUGACAGAAGUCAUACACCACGAGACAUAGUUAGCUACCAAGCCCUCUACAGCUACACUCCUCAGAAUGAUGAUGAGCUGGAACUGAGGGAUGGUGAUAUUGUCGAUGUCAUGGAGAAAUGUGAUGAUGGCUGGUUUGUGGGUACGUCCAGGAGAACAAGGCAAUUCGGCACCUUCCCAGGCAACUACGUGAAGCUUCUGUACCUGUAAAGUAACAGCAAUCCCACAGUGACAAAGAUGGGGUUGUUUUCCAGAUGAUGUUUUUAAUCAGCAAUGAAAGAGACAAUUUAUGAAUGUAAUAGACAGGAGACAAAGUGUUAGGAGGAUGUGGUUAUGUGGUACAGUAUUGAGUUGAAUGUGCAGCCCUGCUUCCACUGAUUCAGGGUAUGAUUUGUUUGCUGAAGAAGAGACAGUUUCUAGUUUACAGUGCUGCCUUUGUGUAUUCUUCUCCCCUCCCCAGCAAGAGUUCUGGUGAUAAUCUUAAUUUGUAUGGAGUACUUUACCUCUGAGAAGGCUUCAGGGAAGCAAAUGGUAUAGGUUUUGUUUGUGUGUUGAGAAAUGAUAGUGCUUUUGGAAAGUACACAGCCUGCAGCUGCUCCCUUUCACUGGCAAGGUUCAGGAAGGGCAGGCUUUCUGCCUUGCUGGAAACUUACUCUGCUCUGCCUUCCAUUUCCACAGAAAACCUUUCCUUCAUGUCAUGCACCUUAAGAACCAGCACAGGCAGAGGAUAGUUGGUAUGGUUUAACUGCAGAGCUCUGUGUGGAAAAGGAGUUUGGGACUGGUAGUUUAAUCCAGAGAGGUCAGCCAAAACAUACUGCAAAUGCGCAAAAAGCCCAAACCCCUUCAUAUACGUAACAUAGUACCUACUUCUGCAGGGUUUUUUCUUUUGUGCAGGGUGUGUGUGUGCGAGUGUAUUGUGUGCAUCAAAACAAACAGAGUCAUCUUUUCUAAAGAGAAAUCAGCCUGGUUUUGAAAUUUAUCUGCACAAAGACUAGAACCAAUAAACAAAACGUCAGUGAGAGCAAAUCCUGCUUCUGAGUCCUAUGGCUGGUCACUUUCUCGGCUUCUCCUGUCCUGUUGGUAGCCCUAGAGGAUUUGAAGCAUGCUCUUUGGGAUGAAGACUUUGCUUUUUUCCUGGCAUUAAAUCUUAGAGGCGUUGAUAAAUCUGAGCAAUGUGUCAUUGAGGGUGCCUUUUUUUGGGGGUGGGGGUGGGAGGGAGGUGGUUGACAAUGUUGAUGCUAGAUCUCUGAUAAAUACACACAUUUUGGCCGCCUCUUAGUCAGACAAAAAAGUCUAAUCCAUUUGGAAAGCUGUGUUUCCAACAGUUAUUACCAGUUAUAGAGAUCUGUAUUUCCUUGAGAAAAAAAACAUGGCUUGCCUGUGUGCUUGCCUGUAAACCCACUAAGGAUACUCUUUUGAUAGACAUUUUGUUAUUAAGAAAAAGCAUAAACAAAACCAGUUCUCUCAGACUCUGCUUCCUACAGUUACCAUACAAAUAGCAAAGGGUUAGAUUGCUAUUUUGUCAUAAGCCGUAUUUAAUAAUAUAAGAUGCCUAUUUUUAUGCUGAUGCUUUUAUACAGAUUUAUUAAGAGUAACUACAACUAACUGUUAGCACGACUUGCAAUAUGUUUUGAUAAAUUAGCCAUGCUCCUGGGUUUAAAAUCAAGUAGGCUUGUCUUCCGCCUAGGUCAGCGGAAGAGAAGACUCGGUGUCUCAGAAGUUUGACUGUAAAUAUGUAUAUUUAACUUUGUACAGACAAUGUACUUACCUUGUAUAGAAAAAUAAUUUAAACACAUUGAGUGAAGGGAGGAAAGAAAGGCAGUUGUGAAAGGUUGGGAUUUUUUCCACUUUUAUUUAAAUGAUGGAAUUCCGUGUGUGUUCACAUAGAGUUUUAGCACAAAAUAUCCACUAUGAAGAGGUUUCAAAUAUGACACAAAGUACCACUGUUUUGUUUUUUUUUCUACAGGAGAUAUCAUUAAUCCUGCAUCUUAUUUAUGGGUUUGUUUUUCUGCUUUGGGUUUGUCCUCCAGUUAUUUGCAGCAAUAUUUAGGCCUGUUGUUAAGAUUGGAUAACACCAAAUGAACCUAUCCAGCAAAUUAACACGAUGAUACUGACUGUAUAUAACCUACUCAUGUAAAGGUUUAUUUCUGUUCUUGCUCUUGCCAUUUUAAGUUGCGCACACACACGCGCGCACACACACACACCCCACAACUUAUUUUUGUGUUGAUUUUUGUUUCUUAUUGCAGUGGAUUACUAUUUGAUGAUUAAUAAAUGGAAGUAUUGAAUUA